AUGGCUGGAUUACAGAGAUCUGCAGUAUCAUUCAGGCGACAGGGAUCCUCGGGAUUAGUAUGGGAAGACAAAUUCUUGAAUGAAUUGGCUCGAAUGGCUAAUCAAAAAGAUGAAACUGAAAAUAAAGCUCAACAAGAACAAGAAGUUAAAGAAGAACCAGCAGCAGAAGCACCACCACCUAGGAAUUCAUCCAGAACCGCCGGAUUGACGAUCGAAAGAAGCCGAUCCAACGGCGGAGGAAGGGGAUACCGUACCGGAAGAGUGUCUCCGGCGAUAGAGCCGCCGUCUCCCAAGGUUUCGGCUUGUGGGUGUUGCAGCGCUUUCGCGAAAAAUGACAAGAACCGCCGCCGGCCACCCAAGUCCGGCAAGCGUAAGAUGUAA